UCUGGGGCUUUUGUCAAUUGUUAGCUGGACAGACACACACCAGACUCUCACAGCGGGCCAUGUAUAGAAACAUACUGUAAUAUAUAUUUUCUAUACAGAUACAUGUAGAUGGAAUAUUCCCUGAUAUUAUAGAGGAUGUCACACUGCGCACCGGGAUAGAAAGCAGUUUGGAGAGAGUGCCGUCACGUGACCCUUCCUCCUCAGUAAAUAACGCACGUGUGGGGUCGGCUCCUGCAGGGAGCAGCAGUGCCGCUUGUUCAUACGGAGCGGACAGUGCCCUUUCCAGAGCCGCGGCUAUGGCUGCUGAUUGGUAACUCCUCACACACACAGCAGGGGGCGGGCAGGAAGCGGCGAUUCCAUCCCAGGAGAGGCGCUCACACCCACAGGAUCACAGGAGAAGCAGAGCACGGACUGAGAGGCAGCGGGCGCACUAUGACUAUACACCCGGUGCUAUGAGGAGAGCGCUCACACCGGUGACACGAGCUGACGGAAACCUCACGGCGUGACGGAGCGGAGGGAAAGCAGAGGAGCGGGCACCGCGUCCCAGCAUGCUAUCUUAAAUGGAUUUUUCAGCAGAACAGGAUGGAUUGAAAUGCUAUUCUGGAAACCUACAAGAGCAAAGCUAGCUGUGUUCCUCCCUUUUUUCAUCAGGACAAUAAGCACAAGCAAUAGUGUGCACAAUGACAAACGACAAUGGCUGUGAACUUUGAGUCAUGAAUUUACUUCCUUUGAUUGAACUUUCUCCCUUGGCGCACUAUAUCACUUCAGUGUCGAUUUGAAGGUGUCAGCGUCUCCAGCAGAAUUCUGCCCUAAGAUGGAGGAAGAUUCUAAAGAAGACAUCUUACAACAUGUAACCCAUUUUGCUACUUUACAACAGGAUUCAACUCUUCAGGAUGCCUUGUAUGCCCCUGAUUCUCGAAAUGUUGCACCACAGUUUAACGGACGCCUUGAAAGUCCUGAACUGAGCAAAACUAUGAAAGAUGCAAUGCCAGCUCUAGAGAAACUGCUAAAUAGUGAUUGGAGAGACAAACUAUUUGGAAAUGGAACACUUGAAAGUAAAGAUGUGAAAGGCACUCAGGAGAGCUUGGCAGAGAAAGAGCUACAAUUGUUGUUGAUGAUCCGUCAGCUAGCAGGAUUGAGGGAUCAGCUUCUUAGUGCACAUUCUGAACAUCGGAACAUGGCAGCUAUGCUGUUGGAGAAACAGCAGCAGCAGAUGGAGCUUGCAAGACAGCAGCAGGAGCAGAUUGCUAAACAGCAGCAACAGCUUAUCCAGCAGCAGCACAAAAUUAAUAUGUUACAGCAGCAGAUCCAGCAAGUAAACAUGCCAUAUGUCAUGAUUCCAGCAUUCCCCCCUGCUCAGGCAGUUCCUUCAGAUCCCCAGAUGUCACCUCUUAUGCAACCAAUUCCUUGCAAGCCUGUGGAAUAUCCCAUGCAGCUGCUUCAUAAUCCUACACCACCAAGAGCCUCUACUACUGGAAAACAGGAACCAUCUCAGCCUUUGAAUCUGACAGCCAAACCCAAAGCUUCUGACCAGUCUCCCACAUCGAGUAACUCUCCAAAUUUAAAACUUUCACCAGCAGCAAGCAAUGGUGUUGGAGGUAACCGAGAUACUGCAUCUAGUCCUACACGAUCCAGCUUACCGCUUGGUUUCCUGGGUGAAGGUGAUGCCAUUACUAAAGCAAUACAAGAAGCACGGCAGCUUCUUCAUGGACAGAACAAAACACCAGAGCAACGUGAUGGUCACAAUGUUAAGGAAAUGUUUGAAUCGAUGCCUCAAAGGGAACUUCAGGAUGACUCUUCUCUGCAAGACGGGGAUGAGUCUUUGCUACGAUGCAGCAUGGACAUUGAUGGUUCUCGCCACUUCCCUGAGAGCCGUGGCAGCCAUAUAAAGAGGCCAAUGAAUGCUUUUAUGGUAUGGGCAAAGGAUGAACGUAGGAAGAUCUUGCAAGCUUUUCCAGACAUGCACAAUUCCAGCAUCAGCAAAAUUCUUGGCUCUCGCUGGAAGUCUAUGAGUAACUCUGAAAAGCAACCAUACUAUGAAGAACAGGCACGGCUGAGCCGACAGCACUUGGAGAAGUAUCCAGACUACAAAUACAAGCCACGACCAAAACGUACUUGUAUUGUAGAGGGAAAGAGACUAAGAGUAGGAGAAUACAAAGCUCUAAUGAAAAACCGAAGACAAGACUCCCGUCAUGGAUAUGUCCUCCCAUCCCAAGGCUCAGUGGCAAGUCCUCCAUCACCAUCUGGAUUUCAGUCCCAAUCUCUGAAAGGAAUGUCUCAUCUGUCCCCUUCUGAUAUUUACCAAUCCCAGGAUGGCAACAGGCCAGUAAUUCUCAACUCCAGGAGCCUUCAAAACCAGGAUCCAAGAGGGCCUGUGCCACGUAUGCAUGAACUGUACAGUGACUCUGAGGACUCAAUCAAGAGUGAAGGAGAGCUUGUAGUGAUAACAGACUGAGAGAAGGCAAACAGUGCCCUCCGCUCGGGCAUUUUGUAAAUAAAGACAAAAUAUGCCCCUUUUACAGAGGGACAAUGGAAAAUCCACACAAUAAUUUCCAGCUCUCUGUUGUCGCUGUAUGUUUUUCUUUGAUAGAUUAUAUACUCUCAUAUGGAAAGAAAAGUAUAACAUUUACGUAAAUGUAUUAUCACAUUGAGCUGGACUAAAAUCCUCUGGAAUGCUUUGGCACUUUUAGGAUAUACUGUAGUUGCAAAGCAGCUCUGCAUAUUUUGAAAAUGGAGCAAAUGUGCAGCUUUGGUAAAGUGAGGUGAUAUUCUGUUUCUGUGCACCUGACAACUCUUCGCUAUUCUCUUGAAAAUUAGGCAAGAGAUGAAUGGGGUUCUGUGUAUUAUCUUUAUUUUUGGCGUAUAAUUUUUGACACUUGCAUUGUGUGCAAAUGAAAUAAAGGACCAAUUCAGCAAGCAUUUAGAAGUGUAAAAAAAAUGAUGGCCACCACUAUUUCACUUUCCAAAAAGAGCAAUGACCCAGUAAAUGCACAUUUUCAACCACGGCCUACCAAUCUUGCUUUCUGUAAAUGGGAUGUAUCCUUGCUCUAUAAAGUUUAAAAUGGUGGAUAAAGUACCCUAACAUUCUGAAUAUUUGAAUGUUAGGCUUCAGUAUAGUCAGUUGUAUUUAAUCUUGCUUACACAUGUUGAUGAUUCCUCCAAAAGCAGCUAUUUAAGGUUUCAAGGAGUAAGACUAGCGCCUACAUAAGAUUUAUAGCUAAAAUUUGGAUUGUAACUGGCGACAUUUGAUAUGGCAUUGACCAGUUUCAUAGGUGUUGUCACAGCAGCGGUGUGCAAUCAUUUUAUUUACAUCUCCAUAGUGCCUUAUUGAAUGUACUGGCUGGGGAUAGCCUAAGAACCCAUAAUUCUCAUACCUCAUAAGACACAAUAGAUAUAUAUAAAUGUAUGUAUAUUUUUAUACCUCUGUAAAUAUAGGUCAUAGAGAUUUUUUUUUUAUUUUGAUAAAGAAGCAGAAAAUAACUUAAAUCUGAAAUAUUUCUAAAAUUUGCAGUUUACUGUACAGAAAAAAAAAAUAAACGGUUUACAAUU